AGCAUUGACUGACUGUCUAGAAAGCAUCAGGAAACGUCAGACAGACAUCCAUCAUGGCUCACCCAGACGCCUGUACAGACAAGUUUGACCAUCUGGUCCAGUCGGAAGAUCCAGAGCACCCCGCCAACCUGAUCCCGGAGUUGUGCCGCAAGUUCUACAACUGGGGAUGGGUGACAGGGACGGGAGGGGGUACCUCCAUCCGCCGCGGCGAACACAUCUUUAUUGCCCCCUCGGGCGUUCAGAAGGAACUGAUCAAACCAAGCAACAUCUUCGUCCUCGAGUUUCCCACCCCGAAAUACCCCCCUUCGGACCGCAAGUACAUCCGCAAGCCGCUCAAUCUCAACCCGUCCGCCUGUACACCCCUCUUCCUCGCUGCGUUCGAACGCGGGGCGGGCUGCUGUAUCCACACCCACUCGCAAUGGGCUGUGUUGGUCACUCUGCUGGUGGAGCGUGAGAAGGGGCCGGGCGCUUGCUUCGAGAUCAGCAACAUCGAACAGAUCAAGGGUAUCCCGCGCGGCAAGGGCAAGGGCAUGAUGGGCUUCUUCGACACCCUCCGCAUCCCCAUCAUCGAGAACACUGCGUUUGAGGAGGAUCUGACCGGCAGUCUGGAGAAGGCCAUGGAGGAGUACCCGGAUACCUGUGCUGUUCUAGUCAGGCGGCACGGAAUCUAUGUCUGGGGAGACGACGUCGCCAAGGCCAAGACGCAAUGCGAGAGCUUGGACUACCUGUUUCAGCUGGCCGUGGAGAUGCACAAGCUCGGCCUUCCCUGGGUCAAGGAGUGAUUAUCUUUGCAAUGGUCGUAUAUUAGUACUGCCC